AUGAAGCUCUUCGUCGUACUCUCCGUUAUCCUCGCUGUGGCUGUGGCUAUGCCACAAAGGGGCAACAAUGCCAAUGCCAAUGCUGGAGCUACUGCUACUGCCCAAGGUGCUGGUGGCAUAGGCGGUGGUCAUAAGGGCGGUCCAGGCGGUUUUGGCGGUGCUCCAGGAGGUUUCGGCGGUGCUCCAGGAGGAUUUGGCGGCGGUCCAGGAGGUCUCAGUGGUCACGCAGUUCGUGGACCAGCUGGAUUUGGCGGUGGUGCUGGAGGUGCCGGAGGUGGUUCGGCCAGCGCAUCUUCCACUGCUGAUGCUACUGCCAGUGGAGGCGGUGGACGUGGUGGCUUGGGCGGUGGUUCCUCUGCCAGUGCUACUUCCUCUGCUGUUGCCAAUGGCGCCCGCGGUGGUAACGCAUCUGCAACCUCAUCUGCAACCUCAUCUGCAACAUCCAACAACAGGGGUUAG